AUGCAAUUGGUGGCAGUAAUUGCUGCUCUGGGUGCCGCGACCGCGAGUGCCCACGGCGCACACGCCAAUGGAGGCCUGUUCAACAGAGGCAUUGAUGUGCGCAAAUAUGCGAUGCCCGACCUGGCCCAUUAUUCGCCCAACUACAGCAGAGACAAAAACAAGCGUCACGUCAACCAGCCCAGAAGUGCGGCCCCCGUCGAUGCUGCGCUGGCCUUUGUCAAAAAGACUGUUCCCAGUGUUCAAUUCCGCCUGGCACAAGACCACUACACUAGCACCAGCGGUGUUACCCACGUCAAUUUUAAGCAGACGCUUCACGGGAUUGACAUUGACAAUGCUGACUUCAAGGUCAACAUUGGCAGUGACGGCAAUGUCUUCUCCUUUAGCAACAACUUUUUUGCCGGAGAGCUCCCCAGCGCAGACCCUCUUGCGCAGACGGACCUAACUAGCCCUAUUACCGCCUUAGAGGGUGCUGCUAAGAUCCUCGGGCUCUCUGUUGACGUGACGAAGAGCACCGCGGAGCCAGAUGCUACCAAGAACAAUACAUUCAUUGCCAAGUUUACCUCCGGAGUCGACAGAGACCCCAUCAUGAAGCUUGCAUACGUCAUUGACGCUGACGGCAAACUCCGGCUCACCUGGAGAGUCGAGACGGAUACCACGCACAACUUCCUCCGAAGUUACAUCGAUGCCAAGGCCAACGAUAAAAUAUAUGGCGUCUACGAUCAUGUCUUUAGCUUCAGCAGCUCGUUCAAAGUAUUCCCUUGGAAUGUCUCAGACCCCACCGACGGCAGCCGCGCCAUCGUGCAUGACCCUUGGGAUAAUGAGGCGUCGCCUUUUACUUGGUUCGGUGACGGAGAGACAAAUUACACUACAACCUGGGGAAAUAAUGCCCACGCCCAGGCUGACUUUACCGGUACCGGCAGCAACCAGGUCAAGCCAGAAAGCGACACCAGGAACUUCGUAUACCCUUACUCGGACAAGUUCGAGCCGGAGCAGAUGGUCAACGCAUCUGUCACGCAGCUCUUUUAUACAAUUAACAAGUAUCAUGAUUUGCUGUGGCAUCUCGGAUUCAAUGAAAAGGCGGGCAAUUUCCAAACGAACAAUAACGGUCACGGCGGCAAAGGCGGUGACGCGGCCGUCCUCAAUGCACAGGACGGUUUUGCGGAAAAUGGCGCUGGCUUCGUGACGUUUCCAGACGGCGGACUGGGACAGAUGCGCUUGGGUGUCUGGAACUCUUCUACGCCGAAGCGCGAUUCAGCCUUUGACACGAACGUGGUAUUGCACGAAUUUACCCACGGCGUGUCUAUGCGAAUGACUGGCGGUCCCGACAACACUGGUUGCUUGGGCGGCACCGAGGCGGGUGGCAUGGGCGAGGGCUGGUCCGACUUCAUGGCCACUGCCAUUCACACCAAGAAGCGCUUCAACCGAAGCAAGAUUGUCUACUUUGGGCACUGGAUCUCCAACAAGCCCGGCGGCUACCGGCAGUACCCCUACUCGACAAACAUGACGGUGAAUCCUCUGACUUAUGCUUCCGUCAACGGCCUGACCGAGGUCCACGACAUUGGCACCAUUUGGGCGAGCGCGCUGUACGAGAUGCUCUGGAAUCUGAUUGACAAGCACGGAAACACCGACGCUCAGCUGCCGAAAUACGAUGCCAAGGGCGUGCCGACCGACGGAAAGUAUCUUGCGAUGAAGCUCGUUAUCGAUUCGUUUGCGCUGCAGCCAUGCAACCCGAACAUGGUGCAGUCUCGCGACUCGAUUAUUGAUGCGGAUGUUGCGCUGACGGGUGGUGCUAAUAAAUGUGAGCUUUGGAAGGCGUUUGCUAAGAGGGGUCUUGGAAAGAAUGCCAAGUUUGGCGAUACCAGAAAGGAAGACUUUACUGUUCCCGCUGGAGUCUGCCACUAG